CUUCUACCGCUGAGCAGUGGAGCCAGUCUAUCCUAUAAGCGCGCUCACAGCCAACCUGCAAACAUUCGCUGACACCUUCACAUUUCAGAGCAGGAGGCAAUGGCCACGAGGACCGACGCAUCGAUAUAGCCUGUUUGUCCUGGGAAGUUCUUUCUUCUUAGGCAACAUUUCGUUUUCAGGGAAAACGGUGCGUUGGAAGCAAUAUACGGCCUUCUGGAACGAAUCAGCUCUAUCAACUGUAUGGGCUAUAGAUUACCAUGACAAGCAGUCUCGGUGAUUGACAGCAGGACCAAUACGCGAGGGUUGUCGAUGCGCUUAUUAGAAAAACUUUUUGACCGAAGGUUCUUAGUAUUAUCCGCCAUGGUGAUUUCGCCAUUUAGACUAUUGCAUUAAUUAUUCUUGAAAAAUACACAUCUUCACCUUGCUGCGGGUUUCCUUUUUAUUGCCACUGCGGAUUACAAUAUUCAAUCGGACGUAAAAGGCAUCAACUUCAUACGCCACCUUCUCUGCGGACUGAGACAGUAGCUGUUUCUUACCACUCUGUAUCUCCAAGACAAGCCCAUGUCGAUGGCGCAAAGGUACGAUGAGCUGGCCCAUUAUGGUGGUGGGAUGGACGGAGUUGGACUCCCGGCGUCUAUGUAUGGAGACCCGCAUGCUCCCCGGCCGCUUCCGCAAGUCCACCACCUGAACCACGGUCCGCCUCCUCAUCCAACCCAGCACUAUGGAGCCCACGCACCCCACAAUAUCAUGCCCAGCAGCAUGGGCAGCGCUGUCAACGACGGGCUAAAAAGAGACAAAGAUCAAAUCUAUGGUCACCCGUUAUUCCCUCUGCUAGCACUGGUGUUUGAAAAGUGUGAGUUGGCGACCUGCACACCGAGGGAGCCUGGAGUAGCGGGCGGCGAUGUCUGCUCGUCAGACUCCUUCAACGAAGACAUCGCUGUCUUUGCAAAACAGAUACGUGCAGAGAAACCGUUAUUUUCAUCGAAUCCAGAGUUGGACAACUUGAUGAUCCAAGCUAUACAAGUAUUACGAUUUCAUCUUUUGGAAUUAGAGAAGGUGCACGAGCUCUGCGACAACUUCUGCCAUCGGUACAUCAGUUGUUUGAAAGGCAAAAUGCCCAUAGACUUGGUCAUAGACGACCGAGAUGGCUGCAAAUCUGACUUCGAUGACCUGACAGGAUCCUCCACAAAUCUAGCAGAUCACAACCCGGCGUCCUGGAGAGACCUGGAAGACGCCCACUCCACGCCUUCUGUGGGCACCCCGGGGCCCUCCAGCGGGGGCCACGUCUCCCAGAGUGGGGACAACAGCAGUGAACUCGGAGACGGCCUCGACAACAGCCUUGCAUCACCGGGCACAGGGGACGAGGACGACCAGGACAAGAAGCGGCAGAAGAAGAGAGGCAUCUUCCCCAAAGUGGCCACCAAUAUCAUGCGAGCGUGGCUCUUCCAGCACCUUACGCACCCCUAUCCUUCAGAGGAACAGAAGAAGCAGCUAGCACAGGACACAGGCCUCACCAUCCUGCAAGUGAACAACUGGUUCAUCAACGCCAGGAGGAGAAUAGUACAGCCUAUGAUUGACCAGUCUAACAGAACAGUGGGCCAGGGGACAGCAUACAGCCCUGACGGUCAACCAAUGGGAGGCUUUGUACUCGACGGACAGCAGCACAUGGGAAUUCGACCUGGCGGACCAAUGGGUGGCAUGGGAAUGAAUAUGGGCAUGGAUGGACAGUGGCACUACAUGUAAACCCUUUCCAACCAAGGCAAGCCUAAAGAAGACGGUGAAGCCUCUGUGGUUUGCUCAGGGAAAAUUCUGCCGCGUGGUCCAAUGAAAGCGUGACUCCGCCCAAGUCACACCUGUACCCAUCAUCUGACCACGCCCACCUCACAAUCACACUGGAGCAUAGAGGACCACACCUACCCUGGGACAACCCACACUUGUACAGACCCUGCCCACGUUGACCUUUACUAACUAACCCCAUGGCUGGAGGAAGACCAGGAUCUAGGAAUAAACAACAUUUUCAGACAACAACAACAAAAAUACUUCUGAAUUAACAACAGAAGCUAAAAUGACCUCAACAACAUUUUGACAAAUUAGUUUUCUUUUUUAAAUUAUUUAUUUAUUUUUCUACAAUGGUGGACCAUUGGGACAAGAACUUUCAAGUAUUUGCUCAAGAUCUAUUGUCACAAUUGUACAUACACACAGCCCACGCACGCACACGCACGCACACACACACACACACACACACACACACACACACACACACACACACACACACACACACACACACACACACACACACACACACACACACACACACACACACACGCUCACUUACACAUGUUCUGACACACACACACACACAUAUUCUCACACACACACACACACACACACACACACACACACACACACACACACACACACACACACACACACACACACACACACACACACACACACACACACACACACACACACUACAUCCUAUGAGCACACCAUUUGAAAACAAUAUCUAAAAAGAUGAUGGAGACUAAGACUUUUAGUAGCUGUUGUGGUGUAUAGACUUGUGCUUUUUCAUUUGACUGGUCUGUCCAUGUUUGUGCUUUUGUGAUCACUAGUUUAUAGCGUGAGAGUUUAUCACUGAUCCCACCUUUAUGUGCUGUGGAAGAGAGAGAGAUUGACUCAGUUUGCAGCUCCAUCCAGCUCCCAGCAAAAUACCAAGCCCGCUUUUUAUAAGACUGAAAGAGCUGAUGAACUGACUCCAUACCGGUAAGGUGGAUCCUGGACUGACUUCCAUUUAGAUCGCAUUCAAAUAGUUUUAUAGCACACAGGAAGGAGGGAAGGGUUUCUACACUAAAAAACAAAAUAAAAACUCAUUUUAAAACUUGA